UGCCAGGAUCCGCAGUGCCCAGAUUAGCUGUUCCCACUCUGGAUCCCGCUGUCCCUGGGCCCCCGCCAGGCCCUGUCCCCUCCCAGAGCCCGGCCCCGUCCCGCUCCUUCCUCCCGGGAGCCGCUGACCCUCCACCGGCACCUCCUACAGCUCCUGCGAGACCCACCCUGCUCCUUAUCCCGGGGUGCUGGGAGCACUGGGGGCACUGGGAGCUCUGGGAGCACUGGGAGCGCUGGGAGCACUGGGAGCGCUGGGAGCACUGGGGGCACUGGGAGCUCUGGGAGCACUGGGAGUGUUGGGAGCACUGGGAGCGCUGGGAGCACUGGGAGCACUGGGAGCACUGGGGGCACUGGGAGCUCUGGGAGCACUGGGAGUGUUGGGAGCACUGGGAGCUCUGGGAGCACUGGGAGCGCUGGGAGCACUGGGAACACUGGGAGCACUGGGAGCACUGGGGGCACUGGGGGCACUGGGGGCUCUGGGGGCUCUGGGAGGCACUGGGAGCACUGGGAACACUGGUGGGAGCACUGGGAUCACUGGGAGCACUGGGAACACUGGGAGCACUGGGAGCACUGGGGGCACUGGGAGCACUGGGAGCACUGGGAACACUGGGAGCACUGGGAUCACUGGGAGCACUGGGAGCACUGGGAGCACUGGGAGCACUGGGAGCUGGCAGAGGCGGUGCUGGCUCCUGCCAGAGCUGGGCCGAGGUCCAGCACGUUCAGCUCAUCGGUGAUGGAGAGCCCCGAUGGGCCCCAUCCCAAUCCCUUCCCAUCCCAAUCCCUUCCCAUCCCAAUCCCAAUCCAAAUCUCAUUCUAAUCCCUUCCCAUUCUCAUCCCCAUCCCAUUCCACCCCAAUUCCUCCACAUUUCCAUCCCCAUCCCUUUCCAGUCCUUUCCCACUCCCAUUCCUGUCCCUUCCCAUCCCCAUCCCAUUUCUGCCCCUCUCCCAAUCCCUCUCCAUCCAUCCUCAUCCCCCGGGACACUCACGAGGCAGCACAGAGGGGUCACAGCCCCCUCUCGGGGUGGGGGGACAUUUCCCCCGGGCUCAGGGACAGGAUUCCUGGAUGCCCGCAGCCCGGGAAGGGCGGGGAGCCGUUAUCAGCUCCGGGAUGGAUCCGGCCGCGGCCCCGGGGCGCUGGCGCUAACCGGGUUAGGCGGGAUGGAUGAUGGAUGGAGGGAUGCGGGGUGGAUGGAUGGGGCCGUCGCGGCUCCCCGCCGCCCCCCCGGGCCGGGCAGAGAUAAAAGGCGGCGGCGGCGGGGCCGGAGCCGCAGCCCCUCGCCAUGAACAGCCCGGCCGAGCUCCGCGAGGGCUACGAGCACUUCGACCCCCGCGCGUACCUGCGCAACAAUUACCUCCCGCCCCGCGCCGACUUCUCCUCCGAGGAGUUCGUGGUGCCCUGGAAGCUGCGAUGCCUGGCCGAGACCUUCGCCAGCGGUGAGAUCCGGGGCAGGACGUUGAUCGAUGUGGGCUCGGGCCCCACCAUCUACCAACUGCUGAGCGCCUGCGACCACUUCGAGGAGAUCGUGGCCACCGAUUACCUGGCGGUGAACCGGGAGGAGCUGGGCCGGUGGGCGCGGGGCGAGCCCGGAGGCUUCGAUUGGAGCCCCUUUAUCCAGCACGUCUGCAAGAUCGAGGGGCGCGGGGAGCCGUGGCAGGACAAGGAGCGGCGCCUCCGGCAGCGGCUCCGGCGGAUCCUUCCCAUCGACGUUCACCGCCCGGAGCCUCUGGGGGCCCCGCUGCGCCCCGCGGCCGAUGCGCUGCUCUCCGCCUUCUGCCUGGAGGCCGUGAGCCCCGACCGCGCCGCCUUCGUGCGGGCGCUGGCCAACGUGGGCAACCUGCUGCGCCCGGGGGGCCACGCCGUGCUCCUGGGAGCCCUGGGCGAGUCCUUCUACCUGGCGGGCCCCGCUCGCCUGCCCGUGGUGCCGCUGGAGGAAUCGGACGUGCGGGAGGCGCUGGCGGCCGCCGGUUUCGCGCUGCGGGAGCUGCGGAGUUACGCGAUGCCCCCCGCGCUCCGCACCGGCGUGGACGAUGUGGAUGGAGUGUUCUUCGCCCACGCGCAGAAACCGCUGGAAUCCUGAAGGGAAUUCCCGGGAAAUGCCGGGAAAUCCCAGCCUGCCCGGCAGCCCAAAAGGUUGGGUGAGGCGGGCUGGAAGCGGCUCCGGCUCCCCUGGCUGGUUGUGGGGUCGGUGACAAUAAAGGUUGAGGUU